AUGCGUUUCCAACCACUUAGCGCUCUGGCUAUUCCCGUCGUCGUGGCUGCUGCUGCUGCUGUUUCUUCAAGAAGCGACGCUCAGCUUGUGCCCGCUCUCAAGGUUCCGGAAUGCCCUGGCCAAGGCGUAGCCACCUUCAAUGAAUCUAAUCCGGACCAUGCACCAUUCCCACUCACGAAGGUAUCACUAUGCUACACCCUGACAUUCCUUGAACUCAAAUUCGAAGCCUACAACGAAGAAAGCUUCUUCUUCAACCCUGAUCAUAAAAUCAACGACGACAUCUGGCAAUACGAAGUAAUGGGAAUCUUCAUCUCCCACGGCCCCAACGAUCCAGCAACCUACCUCGAGGUUGAUGUUAGCCCCAACAACGUCACUUAUCAAGCCUUUAUCUUCAACCCUACCAGGGUCCACGCCGCGGGUACGCCCUUUGAUCGUUUCCUUGUGGGUGAUCCGAAGACCGAUGGUAUCGAGGCUUCAACUCAUUUGGACCGCGAGGCGCAAAUUUGGACUUCUUUGGUGCAGAUUCCCUUGACUUUGUUUAAUGUUGAGGAUCCCCAGGGCUCAUUGUGGCGGAUAAACUUCUUCCGUACGGUUACUUCGCCAGAGCUAUUUCCUGAUCGAAGGCUCGGUGCGUGGGCCCUAACUGAUCAGCCCCAUCUCCAUGUAACCCCGUGCUUCGGCAAGGUGACUUUCAUCUAG